GCUUGAUCCCGUCGAAGGGCUCGUCCUCUUCCUUUCCUCCCGAUCCACGUCUGCCGCCGGCGAUUCUCCGCUUCGGAUCGGAUUCUCCUACGCCAUCGCCGCAGCAACCGACCACCCAUGACUACGAUGACGCCGCCCCCUCCUGACGGAAUGCGCGUCUGUGCCUGCUCUCCAUCUCGGGAUGAAUUGCGAUGUCUAUUGACCCCUAUCAUGAAUCUACUUGGGCGUCUUUUCUCAAUCGAGGCAUAGUUGUUUUGGGUGGAUCUGACACUGAUUCGCGUGACUCGGCUUUUUUGCAGCAGCAGGGGGACGAGGAGAUGCAGGUGCCGCAUCAGGAGUUCGCGGAGGGACCUCAGUCGAUGGAAGUUAUAUCGGCCGACGCAGCAACUGCACCGGAGAGCCAACCGAUGGAGGAUCCUCCUACGUUCAAAUAUAGGUGGACAAUUGAUAAUUUAUCCAGGUCGAACACCAAGAAGCUCUACUCUGAUAUUUUCUACGUUGGAGUGUACAAGUGGCGGGUGCUAAUUUUCCCCAAGGGAAAUAAUAUAGACCACUUGUCUUUAUACCUUGAUGUUGCUGAUUCAGUUAACUUGCCAUAUGGUUGGAGUAGAUUCGCCCAUUUCUCACUUGCAGUUGUCAAUCAAAUUAAUGGAAAGUACACAAUAAUAAAAGAUGCACAACACCAAUUUAAUGCACGAGAAAGUGAUUGGGGCUUCACUUCAUUUAUGUCUCUGAGUGAAUUCUAUGAUCCAAGUCAAGGAUAUCUUGUCAAUGAUACUUGUGUAAUUGAAGCUGAAGUCACUGUACGUAAGGUUGUAGAUUACUGGAGUUAUGAUUCAAGAAAGGAAACAGGUUAUGUUGGCCUUAAGAACCAGGGGGCUACUUGUUACAUGAAUUCUCUUCUACAGACUCUAUAUCAUAUUCCAUACUUCAGAAAGGCUGUUUAUCACAUGCCGACAACAGAAAAUGAUAUGCCAUCUGGAAGCAUUCCCUUGGCUCUUCAGAGUCUGUACUAUAAACUUCAGUAUAGUGAUAACAGUGUUGCUACAAAGGAGUUGACAAAAUCUUUUGGUUGGGACACGUAUGAUUCUUUCAUGCAACAUGAUGUCCAAGAACUUAACAGGGUUCUUUGUGAAAAAUUAGAAGACAAGAUGAAGGGAACUGUGGUUGAGGGUACAAUUCAGAAUUUGUUUGAAGGACAUCACAUGAACUAUAUUGAAUGCAUUAACGUGGACUACAAAUCCACCAGAAAAGAAUCAUUUUAUGAUUUACAGUUAGAUGUAAAGGGUUGUCGAGAUGUUUAUGCUUCAUUUGAUAAGUAUGUUGCAGUAGAGCGGCUUGAGGGAGAUAAUAAAUAUCAAGCAGAAAACCAUGGGUUACAGGAUGCUAAGAAAGGUGUUCUAUUCAUUGACUUCCCGCCAGUUUUGCAACUCCAACUAAAGCGUUUUGAAUAUGAUUUCAUGAGAGAUACAAUGGUGAAGAUAAAUGAUCGCUAUGAGUUUCCACUUCAGUUAGACCUUGAUAGGGAUAAUGGUAAAUAUCUCUCUCCCGAUGCAGAUAGGAGGAUUCACAACCUGUAUACUCUUCACAGUGUUCUUGUACACAGUGGUGGGGUGCAUGGGGGACAUUAUUAUGCUUUCAUCCGACCAUCUUUAUCAGAUCAGUGGUUUAAGUUUGAUGAUGAGCGAGUAACAAAGGAAGAGGCCAAAAAGGCACUAGAGGAGCAGUAUGGCGGUGAGGAGGAGGUUCGAGCAAUAACCACUUUGUUUGAUACUAAUGCCUUAUGGAACUCUGUAUAUGCUAAUUUAGCUUUGACUAUUUGUACCUUGCAGUUACCUCAACCAAAUCCUGGCUUCAACAAUACUCCAUUUAAAUUUACUAAAUACUCAAAUGCUUAUAUGCUUGUGUAUAUUCGUGAAAGUGACACGGAAAAAAUUGUGUGUAAUGUUGAUGAGAAAGAUAUUGCAGAACACCUCAGAAUUAGAUUAAAAAAAGAACAAGAAGAGAAAGAGCACAAGAAGAAAGAGAAAGCUGAUGCUCACCUUUAUACUAUUUUAAAGGUAGCUCGAAAUGAGGAUUUGGUGGAACAAAUUGGCAGAGAAAUAUUUUUUGAUCUUGUGAACCAUGACAAAGUUCGGAGUUUUCGUAUCCAAAAACAACUGCCAUUCCAUCAUUUUAAGGAGGAGGUAGCCAAAGAAUUUGGUAUUCCAGUACAGUUUCUGCGAUUUUGGCUGUGGGCCAAGCGGCAAAACCAUACAUAUCGGCCCAAUCGACCUUUGACCCCCCAGGAGGAAGCACAGUCUGUUGGACAGCUAAGGGAGGUUUCAAAUAAGGCACACAAUGCUGAGCUGAAGCUAUUCAUGGAAGUUGAGCUUGGGCUGGAUCUUCUCCCUCUUGCUCUACCAUCAAAAACCAAGGAGGACAUACUACUUUUCUUCAAGUUCUAUGACCCUGAUAAAGAAGAUCUAAGAUUUGCAGGAAGGCUGUUCGUGAAGGCUCUUGGAAAGCCAACUGAAAUACUCUCAAAACUGACUGAGAUGGCUGGAUUUCCUCCAAAUGAAGAAAUUGAACUUUAUGAGGAGAUAAAGUUCGAACCAAAAGUUAUGUGCGAACACAUCGACAUGCGGCUUUCUUUUAAAUCAAGCCAGCUUGAAGAUGGAGAUAUCAUUUGCUAUCAAAAAGCUAUACCAAUAACAGAUAGAGACCAGUUUCGUUAUCCUGACAUUCCUUCUUUUCUGGAGUAUGUUCGUAAUCGACAGGUUGUUCAUUUUCGAUCCUUGGAGAGGCCAAAGGAGAAUGAUUUUUCCUUGGAGCUAUCUAAACAUUUUUCAUAUGAUGAUGUGGUUGAAAGAGUUGCACCGCUACUUCGCGUCGAUGAUCCAUCAAAAAUUCGUCUCACAGCUCAUAAUUGCUAUUCUCAGCAGCCUAAACCACAACCAAUCAAGUUCCGGGGUGUGGACCACCUUUCAGACAUGCUGGUUCACUAUAACCAGACUUCAGAUAUAUUGUAUUAUGAAAUAUUGGAUAUUCCUCUGUCCGAAUUGCAAGGUUUAAAAACUCUAAAAGUGGCAUUCCACCAUGCCACAAAGGAGGAGGUGGCAAUUCACAGCAUCAGGCUUCCCAAGAAUAGCACUGUAUCUGAUGUAAUCAACAACCUAAAAUCUAAGGUUGAACUCUCUCGUCCUGAUGCUGAACUUAGGUUACUUGAAGUAUUCUAUCACAAGAUCUACAAGAUAUUUCCUCCUGGUGAGAAGAUCGAGAAUAUUAAUGAUCAAUAUUGGACAUUACGUGCUGAAGAGAUUCCAGAAGAAGAGAAAAACCUUGGAUCUCAUGGUCGAUUGAUUCAUGUUUACCACUUUACUAGAGAUCAUAAUCAGAACCAAAUGCAAGUUCAGAAUUUUGGAGAUCCAUUUUUCUUUGUUAUUAGAGAAGCUGAGACAUUAGCAGAUAUUAAGAUACGCAUUCAGAAGAAAUUGCAAAUUCCAGAUGAAAAAUUCUUAAAGUGGAAGUUUGCUUUUAUAUCACUUGGACGCCCGGAAUACCUCCAUGAUUCAGAUGUAGUGUCCAAUCGAUUUCAGAGGAGAGAGAUUUAUGGAGCCUGGGAGCAGUACCUUGGCUUAGAACAUUCUGACACCUCUCCUAAAAGAGCUUACCCAGCUAAUCAGAAUCGACACGCGGUUGACAAGCCUGUGAAAAUUUACACUUGAGAAGUGGCUGGAUCUCUCCCAUGGCAUCCUAUGCUGCCACCGCACCAUGCCAUGAUAGAAAAAGAUGUGUACAUUCUAAAAACAAACGCAGGCAAAGUGAGGUGAAAAUACGGGAAAUUUAAUCAUCGAAACUUUUGAGUAUCGUGUGCCAGUGUCAGACUCAGUUGGGAGGUCCGACGAGAGCAUCCUCACUUGAUGACUAAAUCCUGUGAGAUCUUGCCUGCUUUUUUGUAACCUUUCUUCGUCUCUUUUCUGUUUGCUUAUCUUUGCUGCAGUGGAGUUGCAUAAUAUUUUGGAUUAGAGGGGGGGUAUGAAUAGGGUUAUGGUUUUGUGUCUAUUGUUUUUUUCACCUCGUUCUUAUCCCCAUCACAUUCAUUAUAUUCUCAUAUCUGUUGUAAAAUGGCUGUUAAUAUUCAUUCAACUUGGAAGAAAA